AUGGAGGAGCAUGAUGAGAGUGUGGAAGAAGUAGCGGUCGAUGCGAUCGUGUCGCACAAGCUCAAUGUGGCAGAGAAUCGGGUCGAGUACUUGAUUCAAUGGAGUGAGAACGGGAAAACAACAUAUACCUGGGAACCAGAAGAAAAUGCCGUGGAUGCCGACGACCUUAUUUACCAGUACUGGUGCGAGAAGCAGGGAUCGUCACACGCCGCCGCUCUCGACAAUGUCAAUGCGGCGCGGAGAAUCGCGCCCAGGUCAAACUUGGCAGAGGACCAAGCACCGCCUUCGCUCCCGCCGCUAUCGGAGGCACGACCUGCCGCCCGUUUGCCCCCCCUUCGGUCUUUUUCUCAGCGGGUGAAACACGUAUCGCGGCCCACCAGCCUGAAACGGUACAAUGUCCCCUGCACCUACAAAUAUUCACCAUACAAGAUACCAUAUGGACGGUGCGAAAAAUACUCAUCCUCUAGCUCAUCGGGUUCGAGGAGCCCGAGUUCCUCUGGCCUGCCCACUUUGCGACAGACGGAGGCUGGACCUGUGGGCGAAUGGGACGACCAACAAGCCCAAGUCCAUGCGCUCCAGCGCGUCAACAAUCACAUCGAGACGGUGGUCGAGGUGCAAGGGCGUACACUUACAUGCUCUCUCCAUACAGCGUACCAACACUGUCCUCAGGCCAUGCUGGCCUUUUACCAAACCCGCGUCCUGUAG